AUGGAGGGCGAACUAACUUGCCCGAUCUGUCUCGAACUUUUCAAGCGACCGAUUGUCCUACCUUGUUCACAYAACCUGUGCACAAACUGCGCAAGAAGAUUGCUUGAGCCACGCGGCUCGUCGAAAGCAUGGGUGGACUGGGCUGUGAAAAACAGAGAGAAAAACUACAAAUCUCACUUGGAACCCGACGUCAAGUGCCCAUCAUGUCGGCAAAAGAUCCCUGUAGACCCAAGAGGAGUAGAUGCUUUGCCGAGGAAUUUGAUUUUAGAGAAUGUUAUYGAACGGUUCAAAGAAGAGCGACAGCCAGUGGCAGCAUCUCAGAAUACCGAACCAAUACUGUGUCAGUUCUGUGAAGACUACGCCGCGCAAACUGCUACGUGUAUGUGUAAAGAAUGUACCUUUACAUACUGUGGGACAUGUUUCGAUACGUACCAUCCAAUGAAGGGYCCCUURUCACACCACACAAUAGGACCCCCUGAAAAGAAGCCCCAAAAAUCAAARGACAAGAAUGCAACGUGCAAUGAGCAUGACAAAGAAAUCAUGACUCUUUACUGCCACAARUGCAGCAAAGCAGUGUGUUAUAUGUGUAAAGAGUUUGGUGAACAUAAACAACAUCGUGUUGAACUUCUGGAUGCUGUGUUUAGGAAAACGAAGGAUGAUUUAACAAGGACACUUGGACAUCUUAUGAAGAACAAUAACUCAGGACACAAACUKAUAGAAUCCUUUGAAACCAUGUGUGCCGUCGCCAAGAAAUCAGGGAAUGAUGUGGAAGCACACGUUAAGAAGGAAUGCGAUGCGCUUUUAGUCAUUAUAGAGAAGAAAAAAGCUGAACUACUUGACAAUAUCAACUCUGCKUACAACGAUAAACUCAGCGAACUUCAUGACACAAUACGACAUUGUGAUAAAACAUUACAGCAGUCACUGGGUCUUGUGGAGUUUUCACAAGAAGCGCUGAAGGAAGAGAAUCCUGUAACAUUUCUGCAGACGUCAAGUGCCUUGAAAACAAGGAUGAGUCUGAUGUUGGAUGCCGUCAAAGCACUUCCACCCGUGUCAACUAUCAUCCCAACAUUUGACCACAUGGCCGUGGAUACAUCAUGGGAAAGAAAAAUGCUCAAGAAACUUACUUGGCUACAGGAACCAGGAAGCCCGUCAUUUAUCCAAGCCCAAUGCAAAGUCAAGAACCGAUCGAUUUUCUUGGUAUGGUGUCAACCACACAGUGCGGUGGAUGCCUAUCAUCUAGAGGCAGAAGUCAUCAACCCCCCACUCUACCCUGGAGGGGAGGAGUUUAUUGAUGACAUUCAGGUAAAUACUGGAACAAACACCCGGUACGUGGUAGAGUGUAGCCGAUACAAUGCCAAGGUUGUUGCCCGGGUAAAGGCGUCRAAUCGCGCAGGCGAUGGUCCGUUUGGACAAGAGAUUACUCUAGUUGCAAGUAAAGGAGUUCACUUCAAACUGGAUCCAUCUUCGUCUCCUCAUCGCGAGUUAGCGUUCUCGCGUGAUUUUACCAUGGCUAAACUUACGGGUCGAGUAAGUUCCACAGUACUGGGUGAUGUCACACUACGUAAUGGCCGCCAUUACUGGAAGGUUCGCGUUGAUCAGUUCUCAGGGUCCAAUAAUGGCGGUUAUAUUGCCGUGGGUGUGGCUGACAGAGCUGAGCAAGGACGAAUAUUGGGUGACUUUGACGAAUCGUUCGCACUUCAAAUAUACGAGAAUACCACAAUGUGGUGUGAAAACAACAACCAACGACUACAAAUCAAACAGAAAACCAAGGAAUUCAAAGGCUGCAACAUCGCGAUCUUACUUGAUCUUGACGAAUCCACAAUGUGCAUUUAUCUGAACGGCAAACUUCAAACUGACCAAUCGCGUCCCAAAGGACCUUCUUUUACAGGUGUCAAAGGGGACUUUCGUCCUGCACUUUGCCUUUUUGGCUCCUCAGUUCAAACGAGCAUUCUUUCUGGUUUAGAAGUUCCUACCAAGCCUCCAGGUAUUGCUGUCAUUAACCUUGAAGAUUGCUCAGUGGACAAUACAAAAAUUAGCCUUGCGUGGACUCCCCCGGAAAACUGCAACGUUGAUUGUUACAUACUGGAGGCAGAUGUCUUAAACCGGGAAGGGGACAUUCAUCAAGAACGAAAUUUCACCAAAGUUUAUCAAGGUCCAAGAUGCAAAUACACUAUCCGUGGCUUGGAAUACAAUGUCACCGUCCUUGCACGUGUCAUUGCAGUAAAUACUGCUGGGCAAGGUGAACCAAGUGAAGAAGUUUCUCUCUCUACACAAAGAGGUGCAAUAUUCAAGCUCGAUCCAGAAACAAUUCACGAAACUCUCAGCUUGACACGUGGAGGGAAAACUGUCCAGCAAAACGUCGCCACACACGCAAACAUCUUCGGAGACGCAUUAUUCAUUGAUGGAUGUCACUACUGGAGGGUGGAGCUACAAAGUUUUAGCUCAGAAAACGGAUUCAUAGCAAUUGGUGUGGCAAGAAAGCCGUCCCAAGGAAUCAUUCUAGGAAACGACAAAAACUCUUUUGCUCUCCAAGUUUUCGCUGGGACGUCAGUACGUACAGAGCACUCAAAGAACAAGAUCCAGAUCAAAAGAAAAGCAGCAGAAAUCAAUGGGAGCAGCUUUGGUGUUCUUUUAGAUCUCAACAAGGAGAUUUUAAACGUUUAUCUCAACGGAGAACUCCAGGUACGGAGUACGUCAUCAAAGGGGCCCAGCUUCAAGGGGCUUUCUGGAAUGUUCUGUGCGGGCCUUUGCCUCUAUGGUUCCAACGUAAAGAUGAGCCUUGUUACUGGAAUUGAAACACCUCCACCGCCAGACCCACCCACAUUCAACAAGGCAGUCUGCAAGGUWGAUAACACCACUGUCCAUGUUGCCUGGCAUGCGCCUAAGACCAAGUGCUCCAUUGACUACUUUAUAUUGGAAGUGGACGUUGUCAAAGCRGCCGAAUUUACUUCCCGGAAGAAAAAAGAUCGCAAGUUCAAACGCGUUUAUGAAGGGCCAUUGCGUGAGCAUACAAUGUACAGUGUGUCAUACGAUAUGAAAAUYAUCGCACGUUUAUGCGGUGUCAACAUGGCUGGAGAAGGAAAUGUCAGCGAUGAGAUGGUGCUGUCCACGCCUAAGGGAUUGUAUUUCCAACUCGACCCAUCGACUGCCAAUCACGACCUUGAAAUCACCAACAAUAACUUGACGGUGUCUCUCAAAAGUCCGAUGUACACUUUUAUUCUUGGAAAUGUCAAACUAACUACAGGCUGUCACUAUUGGAGGGUUCACGUAGAUGUAUUUAACAGCCCAAACCAACUUUCUAUCAUUGGAGUUGGGAUAGCACGUGGUAUCAUUGAUGAUCCCAUUCUUGGCGAGGAUUCACACUCCUAUGCAGUUCAACUCAAUGAACAUCAAACGACAACUUGCAUCAACACCAAGAAUAGAGUCCAAGUCAAGAAAACCUCCAAGGAAAUGACAAAUAGUAAUGUAGGAGUGCUUCUAAACCUAGAUGAACGACUACUCAACAUUUAUUUCAAUGGCAAACUACUGACAGACAACUCAAGRCCAUCUGGACCAACUUUUGCUGGGAUAUCUGGCGAUUUCUAUCCAGCCUUAAGCCUGUAUGGCACAAAUGUCAAAUUAACAAUUCACACUGGAGAAUCUUUUGAAGCCCAAUCWUAAAUUUCUUAACAAAUCAUCACAAGUCGGAGUAAAGCUUAAAAUCAAAGAUAACAAAAUAGAUGUUUUAUGAAAGAACCAGCUCUCAAGACUAAAUAAUCAACAGAUAGAGUUUGKUUUUGUUUUAACCAGAUGACAUAGUUUCUAUUACAUUAUUAGUAAUCAACAUGUCAAAAUUAAUUUGAAUUUUUGAAUUGCAGAGCAAGACAAGUUGCGCUUUUUUCAUUUUCUUUUAAGCAAUAUAAGUAAAUUAAUGUACAUUACACCUGUAGGUAAGCCUUUACAUGGCAUUUGCCUGAAAAAAGCU